UCGCGCGCUCCCGAACGAGCGGCGUACACACGUGAAACAAGGUCCUUUUGGUUUUUGCUGAAAUUUCAUAAAAGGCCUGCGAAAGGUUGAAAGGCGAGGAAAUUAGCUGAUGCAAAACGUCGUGACCCGUUCAUCAGUUGCUGCAACAUCACCAGAUUCACCAGACAGAUCCUAUUCCUAACAAGAUGCCGGAGGAGACGGACAUAGAACUCUUUGCCAAAAUCGGCCUCAGCGAGCAGAAAAUCAAAGAGACUGUCAAAAACAAAGUUGUCACCGCAAACUUGCGAACUGCAAUUUCUGCGACAAGCAACGCUAGCAGCAGCAAUGGGGCUCUUUUGUACCAUCUGGCUUCCAAAAUCAAGGCACAAAUCACUCAGCACAUUGGGCUCGUGGCAGCUUACAUUGGCGAUGGAAAAUUGGAUUCUACUCUGAGAAUUGAUGCUGCCCUGGAGUAUCUUCUGGCAAAUCCAAAUUCAGUAGACAAAUCUAAGUUGGAACAAGCGGCAGGUGUUGGAAUUGUGGUCACUCCGGAACAGAUUGAAAAUGCCGUGGAGGGGGCCUUGAAAAAGCACCAAGAAGCUUUGAUUGAAAAAAGGUAUCGAUACAAUACUGGACUGAUCAUGCAGGAUGCAAGAGCAAAGCUCAACAAGUGGGCCGACGGAAAGGCGCUGAGAAGCGAGGUUGAUUUACAGGUUUUGAACUUACUUGGCCCAAAGACUGAUGAGGAUCUAGCUCCAGCUCCAAAGCAGAAUGACAAAAAGGCUGCAAAACCACCAAAGGAAAAGAAACCUGAAAAAUCAGCAGCGGAGGCACCUGCUGAAAAACUCACUAUGGCCGAGUUUCUGAAAACAAAAGUGUUUUUCCACAAACCAGGAGAAAAUUACAAAACUGAUGGAUAUGUUACCACUCCAAAAACCAUGGAGCUUUUAAAGGAACACCUGAAAAUCACAGGAGGAAAGGUACGAACAAGGUUUCCUCCAGAGCCGAAUGGAAUUCUGCAUAUUGGGCAUGCCAAAGCAAUCAACAUUAAUUUUGGCUAUGCAGCUGCACAUGACGGCAUUUGCUUUUUGCGUUAUGAUGACACCAAUCCUGAGAAAGAGGAGGAAAAGUUCUUUGUCGGCAUCAAAGACAUGGUCGAAUGGCUAGGGUACAAGCCUUACAAGAUUACGCACAGCUCAGACAAUUUCCAGCAGUUGUAUUUAUGGGCUGUGGAGUUGAUCAAGAAAGAUUUGGCCUAUGUUUGCCAUCAGAAACCGGAAGAGCUGAAAGGUUUCAACCCUCCUCCAUCUCCCUGGAGGACCAGACCGGUCGAAGAAAGCCUGCAGUUGUUUGAGGACAUGAAAAACGGUAAAAUUGGAGAGGGUGAAGCAACCCUGAGGAUGAAAGUGACCUUGGAAGAGGGCAAGCAGGACCCAGUGGCUUACAGAAUUAAAUUCCUGCCGCAUCACCGCACUGGCAGUGAGUGGUGCAUCUACCCCACCUACGACUACACCCACUGCCUUUGUGAUUCAAUUGAACACAUCACCCAUUCACUUUGCACAAAGGAAUUCCAGUCUAGGCGCUCAUCUUAUUACUGGCUUUGCAAUGCGUUGGAGGUGUACUGCCCUGUCCAGUGGGAGUAUGGAAGACUCAACAUCAACUACACUGUCGUCUCAAAAAGAAAAAUUGCAAAAUUGAUUGAUAUGAAGAUUGUGAAUGAUUGGGAUGACCCUCGACUUUUCACACUCACUGCUUUGCGCCGCAGAGGUUUUCCUUCUGAGGCCAUCAACAACUUCUGUGCCCAAAUGGGUCUCACUGGCGCUCAGGUGGUGGUGGACCCUCAAGCUCUAGACGCCAGUGUUCGAGAUGUCCUGAAUGUAACGGCUCCGAGAUGCAUGGUUGUCCUUGAGCCUCUAGCUGUCUCGAUAACUAAAUUCCCUGCAAAGGGACCAAUCAGUUGUGAUGUGCCUAAUUUCCCCAAUGAACCUGCGAGAGGCAGUCACAAAGUGCCUUUUGCCAGUGAUCUUUUCAUCGAGGCAUCUGACUUUAAAGAGAUCCCUGAAAAAGGCUAUCGACGUUUAGCGCCUGGCCAGUCUGUGGGCCUUCGUCACACUGGCUAUGUGAUCACCCUGAAAAAAGCAGUCAAGGACGGCAGUGGAAACAUUACUAAACUGGAAGUUGAGUGUGUGGAGGCAGACAAAGUUGAAAAACCCAAAGCCUGGGUUCAUUGGGUUUCAAAUCCAAUCAAAGUGGAAGUUCGUCUCUAUGAUAGAUUAUUUCAGCACAAAAAUCCUGAAGACCCUAAUGAAGUGCCCAGAGGAUUCUUGAGUGACUGCAAUAAAGAUUCCCUCACCAGUAUCACUGCUCUGGCUGACGUUUCUGUUAAAAAUGCAAAGGUUUAUGACAAGUUCCAGUUUGAACGACUUGGCUUCUUCUCUGUAGAUCCAGACUCUAAGAGAGAACAGCUGGUAUUCAACAGAACUGUCACUCUCAAAGAAGAUGCUGGAAAAUUUUAAUGAUUGGUAUCCUAAAGUGUAUUAAAUUUGCCACUUUGGAAACUUUUAUUAUUUAUUUUAUACUUACACUGAAGCAUGAGCAAUAAAUUAAUGAUGUAAAUUUAAGAAAA